AUGCGGGCCUUUUGCAAAGCGCUUUGCAAGUCACCUUUCCUGGAGACGUUGCCGAUGCUGGGCAAGACGCUGGAUGCCGCGACUUUCCGAGAUCGGAUGAUGGCAUCUUGGACCACCAUCGGUGUGGUAGGGGCCUUGUUCUUGACGAUGUUGGACUACUCCAAAGUGGCCGAGUGUCAAGGGGAGUUCCUUUUGUCCAUCAUGCCGAGCAAGGAGUUCUGUGACACCAUUCAUCCGUUUCUCUGCAGCAUGGGUCUGGCCUUCAACGUCAUUGCCGUGAUCCUCACGACUAUCCUCAUAAUGCAAGUGGGCUUCGUUCCAGACGAGAAGCUGGGAGACUGGGUGGCCGGAAUGCCCAUAACAGUGGAGAUGCCUUUAGUGAGUUUCAUCGUUGGAGCUUUGAUGUGGGCAGGGGACCUGGUUUGGCUCGGUGUGGUCGCCCACGGACCGUAUGGGAUGCGCUUCAGCCUGGCAGCUACGGUAAUCGCCAUCACCCUGCUGGGGGUCUAUGCCGCCACCAGGGCGAAGACGAAUCGCUUGAUCAUGUUGGCAAACAACCAGGUAGACCUCAGCGACACGGAAGACUAA